GAGAGAGAGAGAGCAUGGAUCAUCGUUAUGUGUGGAUCCUCCUCCUGUCCGUCAUGCUAUCAUAUCAGCGUGUUUCCGCACAAGCUGAAGAGUGUAACACAGCCAUGCCUGCAGACAUCGUGUUCUUGGUGGACGAGUCAUGGUCAGUGGGUCCCUCCACCUUCAGACAGAUUAAAGAGUUUAUGGCCGAAAUGAUCCGGUCCUUCCAGAACACUGUGAUGGGGAUGGAUGGAGUACGCUUUGGCGUCACUGUCUACGGAGACACUCCCAGGAUGCGGAUUGCUCUGACAGACUACUCUACCCUGGAGGAGGUGCUGAGUGCUGUGGACGGCCUCCCAUACGAGGGCGGAGCCAGCCGCACGGGCCUCGCGCUUGACUUCCUCGUGGACUCCGUCUUCAGCCCGGCCAUCGUCCGGGACAACACUCCCAAGAUUGCAGUUCUGAUUACUGCGGGCCGAUCAGAUGAUCCGAUUGACGGGCCAGUUAAGUCCGUGGCUGAUGGUGGGAUCUCUCUCUUUGCAAUCGGCAUGAGGGAUGCUGAUCCGGAGGAGCUGAGGAGAAUGGUGAGUGAGCCUUCUGAGGAACACCUGAUGCUCAGCCCAGACACUUCUCUUCUGGAGCACCUGCUGCCCAAACUCUCCCGCAGAGUGUGUUUCACCGCCUCCGAGCCUCCGCGGCCUGUUAAACACAGCCCACCGGUAGUGGAACGGGUGCAAGGCCCCAGGGACCUACAGGUCACUGAGCUGAGCUACAGCUCACUUCAGCUUUCCUGGACCCAGGCCACAGGAGACGUGACAGGCUACAGACUGCUCAUCGCCCCAAUGUCUCAGAAGAGCCAUCUGCUCCCAGCUCAGCACAGACAGGUUGAGUUGAAGGGGGAUGUGUGGCGCACCAAGGUAACAGGGUUGACCCCCAAAACCGAGUACUCCCUCACUGUUUAUGCCAUUUACCCCGGGCUCAUUGGGGAAUCUACCACUACUCUCACAGAGACCACUCCUGUGCCACCCGUAGCAAACUUCCGCGUGAUGGAAGAAGGCUUGUUCUCUCUGCGUCUUGGCUGGACUGCGUCGCCCGGCUACGUAGACGCCUACAAAAUCUACAUCCCAAGAUCCGACCGCCCGGGGCUCACCUAUGAGCAGGAGCUCCAGGGUGACACUUCCUCUCACGUGAUUGACAGCUUGCAGGAGGAUAAGACUUACACAGUCAGCAUCUACGCAGAGUACCCUGAGGGUCGCAGCGCACCUGUGUCUGUCACUGGCAGAACCUUGACGUCUGUGCCAGUCGAACAGCUGCUGGUGCAAAACGCCACUACGGACACGGUGCAGGCGCGCUGGCUCUCUGUGAGGGGAGCAUCAGGGUACAGACUCACCUGGGCGUCUGCAGAGGGCCACAUAGAAAGUGUGAACCUGGGAGAGAACUACAACUACUACAUGGUGCAGGGUCUUCAUCCCGGCGUGGAGUACACCAUCUCCAUCAACCCUGUCUUCCUUGAUACUGAAGGGCCUGUCAUCUCUGCCAAGGCCAAGACAUUGGACAGCAGUGCAGUGCAGACUCUGAGAGCCACUGCUCUGAGCACCAGCAAGGCCAUGGCUGUCUGGAACGCCGUUCCCGGAGCCACGGGAUACAGGCUGGCAUGGGGGCCCACACCCGAAUUUGUGGGGAGAGAUCGGCCCAGGCAGUUAGCUCUGAAUGACAGCACUACAGAGCAUGUCCUAAAGAACCUGGUCCAUGACACUGAGUAUGUCCUGUCUCUCUAUGUGCUUUUUGGACGUGUGGUAGGACCUGGGAUCACAGCCACUUUCAGGACCUCUCCUCUCGGCUAUGUGUCGAAUUUCAAGGUGACGUCCUACACCAGCUCCUCUAUCAGUGUGGCGUGGAAUGCCAUUGUAGGGGCUACAGAAUACAAACUGACUUGGAGCCAAAAUGGUGAAAGUCCAAAUAGCCAUUAUCUGGACCACAGCAUUUUGGAAUACUUCAUCACGCCCCUCCAGCCGAACACUUUGUACUCCAUCAGCAUCUAUGCGCUCUAUGGCAACACGGAGGGGCCAGAAAUCUCUCUCACGCAGCAGACAGCGUCCUUGACUGAUUCAGAGCGCAUUGAGCCCGUACGAGAUGUGAAAGUGACUGAUAUUGGGAUGAACUCCUUUCUCCUGACCUGGAAGAAAACACCAAAGGUUACUGGCUACAAGGUCACCUGGAGCCCUUUUAAUGGGGGACGAGAGAAGAGUGAGUUGCUUUCCUCGUUCGCUACGUCAUACACCAUUACCGGACUGCUAGCCAACACUGCCUACAAGAUCCAGGUGUCGUCUGUGAUGCAGGACCAGGAAAGGGGCUCCACCAUGCUAACAGCACGAACACUGGACCUGCCUAAAGUGAAUGGUUUCAGUGCUCUGAACACGACGGAUGACAGCACCGUGCUGAACUGGACCAGUGUGUCAGGAGCUUCGGGGUACCACCUCUCCUGGAGACGUAUCUCAGAACUUCACAGUACCAUUGAAAUACUGGGCUCUGGCUUCACCUCCUAUAAGAUAAAAAAUCUGCAGUAUGGGAGAACCUACAUCUUCACCAUCCAGCCCCUCUAUGGAGAGGUGGAGGGCCCUGUGACAACCUUCACCAAAAGGAUAUUGGGGGUUUCUCGACUCAUUCCUGUCCCGACCAUCACACCUGUCCCUGAUCCAGCGCAUGUCCUGACUGCAUCUCACAGAGACCUGAGUGUUCACUCUACAUUCAAAAACUCACUUACUACAGCCAAAAAAGAAACCAGCAAGCCCACCACCACCACCACUCAGAGACCCGCGACCAAGCCUGACGUCACUAAAACCGUACAGGCCAUGAGCACACUCAGCACGGCAGCUAAUGGCCAAACCACAUCCUCCACUGGAACCCCCCAACCCAGGCCAGUGUGUGGCAGGCUGAAAGCAGAUAUUGUGUUUCUGGUGGAUGAGUCCUGGAGCAUUGGCACAGACAACUUUGGGAAGCUGAAGGACUUCCUGUUUCGGAUUGUGACAUAUUUUCCACUGAUUGGACCGCAAGCCACACAGGUAGCUGUGGUGCACUAUAGUGAUCAGCCCAGAAUAGAAUUCAGCCUGAACACUCACAAGGACCGCGGCUCUGUGCUGAGAGCCCUAAGAGCGGUCCGCUAUGGAGGAGGAAACACCAAAACAGGUCGAGGGAUCAGCUACGUUCUGAGGGAGCUGUUUCAGGAAUCUCGGGGUAUGAGGCAGAAUGUUCCCCAUGUGUUGGUGCUGGUGACAGACGGAAGAGCCCAGGAUGAUGUGGAACCGCCCUCCAGGAUAGCACAUAUUCUGGGUGUCACUGUGUUGGUCAUUGGUGUUGCACAUGCUGACAUCGAAGAGCUGAAGAAAAUUGCCUCUCCCACAACGUACAAGAACAUCUUCUACGCUGCUGACUUUAGCGACUUACCCACCAUCGAGAGAGAGUUUAUCAACAGCAUCUGCAGUGAGGCAUUACUCUCUGAGUUCAACAAGCAGAAAGAGUCUGCCCAGCUGGACACACCCACAAGUGACCCGGAAGCUGUUUCCAAACCUGAGGGCCCCUGUCCAAUCCAGUGCAAAGGUCAAAAAGGUGAAAAGGGGGAUGGGUUCCAGCACGGUGGACUGCGCCCAAAGCUUGACUCUGCCCAUUACGACAUAUUUGCCAUAAAAAGCAAAGGCGAGAAAGGAGAAAGGGGUCUUCCCGGGAUAGAUGGCAUUCCAGGAUUACCAGGCCGGCCAGGUCGCACCGGCCCCCCUGGGUCUGCUGGAACAAGGGGCCCUCCUGGUGUUCCGGGGGAUAUGGGGUCUCCUGGCAUUCCUGGACAAAAAGGGCAGCGAGGGGAAAGAGGAGAGCCUGGAUAUGUAAUCGGAGGUAUGGAAGUGGCUCCAGGACGUAAAGGAGAACCAGGAUAUUCUGGUCCACAGGGGGUUCCAGGUGUACCAGGUGCGUCAGGGCCUCCCGGUCUUCCUGGCCAGCCUGGAUCAUCUGGCCUUCCAGGUGUUUCUGUGAAGGGUGAAAUUGGACAACCUGGUCCUAGAGGUCCACGUGGGAAACCAGGACCCAAGGGAGACAAAGGAGCAAACGGAACAAAUGGUCAGGCAGGCCUCCCAGGACCAAUAGGAGUGGACGGAAUCCCUGGACUUCCUGGUCAGAAAGGAGAAAAAGGAGAAGAGUGUGUGGGAAUUCCGGGUGUUCAAGGGCCACGUGGACCUCCUGGAGAUAAGGGAGAUGUAGGACCAGCAGGGCCUGUGGGUCCAAAGGGGGCGUACGGAGUCCAAGGAGCGGCAGGCACCAUCGGGCCCAGGGGAAAAAAAGGUUUGAAGGGAGAACACGGAGACAAGGGUGAUCGUGGGGAGGCGGGGUCUAUGGGACCUCAGGGACUGGCGGGCUUCCCAGGAGCUGCGGGGCCGAAGGGUGAGGAGGGACAGCGUGGAGCCCCAGGAGACCCUGCUAAAGGGAUACUUGGGCCCCCUGGGAAGAAAGGCACAAGGGGAGAUAUUGGAGCGGUUGGACCUCCUGGGUCUCAGGGAGUUAAAGGAGACCAGGGGGUUAAAGGUGAAAAGGGCAGCCCUGGCUUUGGCAUCCCCGGUCAGCCGGGCCCCAAGGGUGAGAGCGGUGAAAGGGGUAAUGUCGGAUUGUCAGGGAAACCGGGUUCUAAAGGCAGUGAUGGCUUUAAGGGAGAGAAAGGUGACACAGCUCUCACCGGCAACCCAGGAGUGCCAGGACUAAGAGGUAAAGAUGGUUUGCCAGGAUCAAAAGGAGAACCAGGAGCUAGGGGAGAACCAGGUUCUACAGGAGAUCCUGGGGAGAGAGGGAUCAGGGGCCCUCUUGGUCUCCCUGGACGACCAGGAGACCCUGGUGAGAAAGGAAACCCUGGUCAGACUGGGUUAUUGGGUUCUGAUGGACCAAAGGGAGAGAAAGGGGAACCUGGAAAACCUGGUGCACCUGAUCAUUCUCAGUUAUCCAUGACAGAAGACGGCGCCUUCAUCAGUGCCGUCAAGGGUGAGCCAGGGGAUCCUGGACCCCCAGGCCUUCCUGGAGAGGCAGGACUACCAGGACCACCGGGUGCACCAGGAAAACCGGGUCCUCCAGGGAUUUCCCUGAAAGGAGAUUCAGGUCGACUGGGAGUUGCUGGUAUGCCUGGCUUACCUGGUGCUCCUGGUAAACCUGGUGUGGAUGGAAAGCGUGGAAUAGCAGGAAAAGAAGGAGAGAGAGGACUCAAGGGUGAAGAUGGGAAAAAGGGUGAGAAAGGGGAACCUGGUGUUGAUGGUAAAGGAGCAAAAGGAGACAGAGGACCUCCAGGGUUGCCAGGUCCUCCAUUUGUACUCCAGGAGGGUGCUUCUACAGAUGAGAUAAGAAAAGUGUUUCCAGUACCAAUGGGUCCCCCCGGAGCAAUGGGUCCUCCUGGAAUGAAGGGAGAAAAAGGAGAUCGUGGCUUGAAAGGAGAAAAGGGGGAGGCGGGGCUACCAGGGAGAGCCAUUGAUAUUAAGGCCAUUGAUGAAUUAUUUGAAUCAUAUGGAAUUAAGCUAUCUCUGCUGAAGGCCUUGAUUGACAGGCUACUCCAGGAUGGUAUGGAGGAACUCCUGCAUGAAAUCACCACUAAAAAAAAAAUUAAAGGGCAGAAGAUAGCCCCCGGCUCCAAUGUCAUCUCCGAAUACACUAGUUCAGUGAAUGACAAACUCUCCAGUGAACCACAUAGCGAUGAACUCCUGAUCAAGGAUGAGGGUGAGCCAGAGGAGGACCAGUUGCUGGAACCAUAUCCAGAUCCAGUGAAUGAAACAGAAGCGGCUCCGGCCGUGCACAGACAGAGCGGUCUGGGCCCAGCAGAGACCAGAGCGAGAGUGCAGCAGGAGGGCAAAGCCAUGGUGGACAACUUCACAGAAUCACCAGACGUCACCAAAACUAACACCUCUUCAGAAGGGGUGCAGAGGACUGGUUCGUUAAAGGCAGAGGUAAGUAUGGAGGCACUUCUCCACAGUCAGGAGGACAUGGCGAAGAAAGCUGGAGAGAAGAAGCGAGGGAGAGAGAGAGGCAAGGGUAAAAGCAACAAAGGAUGGAAUAAAUGCCGCAAGAAGCGAGUGGAGGGUGAAACCUAUGAGGAAGAGGAGCUGAAGGAAGAGAUGUAUGAUGAUGAAGUGUAUGAAUAUGAGCCUGAACUGGUUACAGAGCUGACGGUUCUCCUCCCAGAUGAGGACAAGAACGAGAAAACAACAGAGAGCGCUACAUAUUCACAAAGCAAUGAGAGCUACACGACAAAGCACCUUCCCUUCUCUGCAGGAGUCACAGAGCAGUAUAGUCCAAUCACACCUUCCUCAAAUGUCAAAGGCAACCAAGCUGUGGACCAGGGGGUCAUGUCAAGUUCUGAUGCACUAGGAGCAAUGCCAAUAGUGAAGAGGAGCGCCCCCUGGCCCGAUUACAUGGCCUUUAUGCCUGGAACUCCUGGAGGACAAAACCGUCGCAUCCAAGGACAAAAGAGCCCAUCUGGUGCAAAAACAAAACUAAAUAAAAAGAAACAGGAAAACAAGGAUACUGACGCAGACCCCGAGAGACGCAGAGAGCGAGAGGGAGUGAGGGAGGAAGAGAGAGGGAUAGCGGAGCCAGAGACAGAUCUGGAGAACAGCCUUGAGAGCAAAGAAGAGCAGCAGAUCAAACGAGAGGGGGUGGAGACCGAGGCAGGGGGCGCGGCAGAAGGGGCCUGGGGGAUGGGGGCCGAGGCAGGGGAGCAGCGCGGCUCAGGCGAGCGGGACGAAGAGAGAGGCAGCGAGCACGAGGAGAACGAGUGGGACUUGCAGGAGGAGAGAGAGAGAGACAGGGUGGAGAUGGAGAGAGAGAGGAUGGAGCUGGAAGGAGAGAGGGAGGCAGUCACAGCAAGGGAGCGACAGGUGGAGACAGAGGCGGAGCCCGAGAGCGUAGAUGAAAGACAGAGGAUGCAGUGGGAGAUCAUGGAGAGACAGAGGGUAGGAGACGUAGACAGAGAGGAGGACUUCCUGAGACAUAUCUCUCGGUAUGAGAUUCUAAAGGGGCCUCCUGGUGAGAAUGGUAUACCGGGGCCGAAGGGGGAGAUUGGAGAGAAAGGUCAAAAGGGAGAACCUGGAAUUGGACAUCGUGGACCUGUUGGUCAGGCAGGCACACCUGGGCAAAAGGGUGAGCCUGGAGAACCAGGGCCCACUGGAGCACAAGGCAUUCAGGGUAUCCGUGGCAACCCUGGAAUCCCAGGAACACCAGGUCAAAGAGGUCAGUCAGGGGACCCUGGACAGCCAGGUAGAGAGGGCGACCGAGGAAGACGAGGGAAAAAUGGAUCACCUGGCUUUCCAGGUGCACCUGGACCUCCAGGAAAAGAGGGACCACCAGGUCUACCAGGAGCAAAAGGUGACAAGGGAGACAGUAUACCAGGAGAACCAGGAGACAGAGGUGUCGCCGGACUUCCAGGCCGCAGGGGAGCCAAGGGUACGGUGGGUGCCAGGGGGGUGCAAGGCCCCAUGGGUCUUAAAGGUCUCCCUGGUAUGAAAGGUGAAAAGGGUGAUAAAGGUCUAUCUGGCAACAAAGGAGAAAAAGGGAGUCCUCUGUCUGUGCCAGGGCCACGUGGGAUGAAAGGAUUAAAGGGAGACGCGGGCCUGCGAGGUCCUCCAGGGUUUGAUGGAGAUAAAGGAGAGAAGGGAGAGGAUGGUCCCCCAGGGCUGAAAGGUUUGAAAGGAGAGCCUGGAGCCAAAGGAAGUAUGGGGCUCUUUGGAGCACGAGGCCCUGUAGGACAAAAGGGAGACCCAGGAGAGCCAGGCACCGAUGGAGAUGUGGGCCGUGACGGAGAGGAUGGAUUGAACGGUGGCAAAGGUGACAGGGGAGAAACAGGCCUACGGGGUAAAGAGGGUGACCAGGGGGAUAAAGGAGAGCAUGGUUUACCGGGAGAUAAAGGCAUUAAAGGAGAAAAGGGCUUCCGAGGUUUACCUGGACGGAUAGGCAGCGUAGGACUAGAUGGGGAACGGGGCAGCAGUGGAGUACCUGGGACACCUGGUGCUUCAGGACUAAAUGGAGUCCCUGGACGUAAAGGAGAUAAAGGUGAUGGAGGUCUGAAUGGACUUGUUGGUGCACCAGGGCAAUGCGGCGAGAAGGGAGCUACUGGUUUUCCAGGUUUUCCAGGAUUUAAAGGUUCACCAGGCCCACCAGGGCCCAGUGGAGCUCCGGGUCGCCCCGGUCCUAUCGGCCCGAAAGGAGGAAUCGGACCAAAGGGAGAUACUGGCAGAAGAGGCCGAGCAAAGCCUUGCCAAAGAGGUCUCCCUGGAACUCCUGGACAAAGAGGCCUGGAUGGUCAGAUGGGAGGGGGCGGGAGGAAGGGAGACAAAGGUGAACCCGGACUUACGGUAGAGGAUGUUAAGGAUUUGGUGACCCAAGAAGUGGUUGAAAAGUGUGGGAAAGACAUCCUUCUUGUUGUGAACACCAACGAUCCGGAUGAAGGGAGCGUUCUGAAGGAGGAGAGAGGAACGGAUGAGUCUACCCCUCUUUUCAUUCAGAGCCUCACUGAAAAGACGGGUGCAGAGAUGGAGGAGAAAGCCACAGCUUCAGGUGCUGUUUUGCGGCCAGCGUUAGUGGACGGAAACACCACAAGUAAGCACUCUGAUGGUCGGCUCAGUAGUUCUCAUUUUUUAGCUGUUUUCAGCCUACACAGUCAGCUCUGGAAGGGGCAGAUGACGCUGGCUCUUCAUAGCCACAGGUUAUUAACGUACCAAACACAACCGUGUGUGCAAGCAGGAGUCGACGUGGAGAGAGUGCAGGGGCCGAGACAUGCCAGGAGAGCUCUCGGAAUGACCUCAGGCUCUGCAGCUGAGGUGUGCCACGAGCCGAUGUCUGAGGGCCACUGUUCUGAGUACACACUGCUCUGGUACUUCCACCUGAGCUCCAGAGAGUGCCGGCCUUUCGUCUACAGCGGCUGCGGGGGGAACAGAAAUCGCUUCCAGACGAAACACGACUGCCAGACAUACUGCAUCCUAUCAGGUCAGAGAGGUGCCGGAUCUUGAUGGCAGAGCAUGGAAGACACUUCUGACACUUCUGUUUCUAGAGAUUAGUAUUGUUUCUGUACAUUAUAAUGAUCUUAUUAGUCACAUUUUGUCUGCGUGUACACUUGCAGUUUUACUAUUUGCUGUAUAUGCUGCUAGCAUUUCUUAGCCUUUUGGAAUUGUGUUGAGUGUAAUUAAUUUCUUCUCAUCAUACAUCUGCAGUAUGUUUCAAUAUUUGCAUAUCUGAGAGUUACAUAUUGUUGCACUAAUUAAAUUACUGCAUACAUAUACACAAGUACACAAAGUACACAAAAAUCUCUAUGUUUAAUGCACCAUUUUAACAGUAGUCUAACUACAUGGAUUCACUGAUAAAAUUACAUGGUCACUAUGGGCCACACUUUAGUGUAGUGGUUACGCUUACCUUGUACAUUAUCACUGUAUAUCCUAUGGUUACUAUUUUGCACUAAUGGUGAAUUUUAUUUUGUUAUAUUUAACUUUGGAAUGAUUUUUAUUUGCAAGGUAUUAAAACAGCAAAACAAAAGUG